AACCGAAAGCAGUCGCAGCUUUACGUUGCAUCAUGAUCGGAUGUCUUGCCCUCAAAAGCCACCAGACUUUCCGGCGGAGCGCUGCACUGCGGGCGACACAUUGACAGAACCAACAAGUCAUCAAGCAUCAAGCAUUAAAGUUUGCACCACGGAAAUUAAACCAUUGCCUAUUUAGCAUCUGUACUGUGCUUUUCAUCGCGAGUCUUCUAAGUUUACUCCGAGCUGCAGAGUUUUUGGUUCAACCUCACAUUUUGAAUGGCAGCGGUGUCACCUGCGGGCGCGCAGACUCUGUGAAGGUGCAUCCUGCCGGUGGGUCAGACUGCCAGUCCGCUGCGGAGGGAAGGAGAUGUCCCCGUUAUUCAUGGAGAUCGGGUCCGAGCUCAACAGCCUCGGCUCGGUGUCAGCCGAGGAGAGCAACACCGCUGGAUCGGAGAGAGAAGGAGAGGGAGAACAGGUGGGAAACAGAAGAACAAAGAGGAACAGAGACGCUGCGAGGAAGAGCCGGAAAAAACAAACGGAGAGAGCAGACGAACUUCAUGAGGAGCUCCAGUGUCUGGAACGAUCAAAUUCAUCCCUUAAAAAGGAGAUUGCCGCAUUGAAAAAAGACCUCCAUCUCCAUACGUCGGCUCUGGAGCGCCACACACCGUGCUUCCUCAAAGACUUUGCAUCCAGCCCUCCUGGAGCCCCCCCCCGGACCUCAAGCUCCACUUUUGCUGCUACUUCCCUCUCUACCUCCAGGGUGGUGCUCCAAACCAGGGACUGUGUUGAAACAGUCACCUGUUCACCUCCUCCGGCUCCAACGACUGCAACAUUAGCCUCACCUGGUGGCUCGACUGAAGUCUUCUCUUCCUCCAGCUCCGUGACGGCUCUUCACUCUGCCUGUUUCUCUGCAGUCCCGGCUCCCCACUCUUUGUUUAGCGAAGAUCCUCCUUCUCUAAUCACAUCGAGGGCAAAUGUUCCGCCUGUCUGCACCAGCCUUGUUUCAAACCCCGUACCCUGCAGCUCGCUCCCCGCAGCUGCUCAGCCUCAAUCUGGCCAACGACACAUCCAUGAAAGCUCUUCACUGUCAGCAAAUGCUUGUUUCUCUCCACUGGAUGCUUUUCUGAUGAAACAAGCUUCUUUUCUAACGGCUUCAUCUAAAGUGGAGCCCCCUUACUCCUAUUUAGUGGCGAAAAACGCAGGUUUAGUAGCGCAAGGCGGUCCCAUGAAUGUGCAGCUUCAUCCGGGUCAGUUGAGCAGAAACUCAAGACCAACUCUUCAAGAUCCUGCUCCUCAGUCCCUCCCAGCGUCGCCUCCUGCCUUGGAUUUAGCCUUGAAGCCAAAUUAUAGUCGACAAGUGGAAUUCAAUUCUGCGUCUCUGCUGUCCCUGCUCACUGUCCCGAGUCCCCUUUAUGUGCCUCAGACUACCACCAGCAGCUUUGAUGGACCUCUCCCUCAAACCCCACCCUCGCUGCCACGGGGGGAUCCCUCAAGAGAUCUCUCUCUUUCUGAGUUUCUCGAGUUCAAUGACUGGAUACUAGGUGGGACUAGUCACUAGUGGCGCUACAUGCCACAUUGUGCCAAAAUGGUUGUUUAAUUUACAUAUUUUUUGUAGUUUAAUUACAGUUUAGCAGUAACGGUAAAAACUGUGCAAUGCAAGCUUUUAUUUAUACAUCUGACAUGCGUAUGGAAAGCAGAAUAUGAACGAUGUGCAAAACAAAUGGUAAAAUGCGUGCGUGAGUUCCUCUGCAACUAAACUGUAUUCUCAAUUACAAUUACAAUUGUUAACUUUCCAUAGUUUACAAGCCCCUAUAGAUUAAAUGUGAACCAACGAUGCAAUCAAAUCUAGCAGCGUUUCAAAUAAAUCAGGUAGGUCGUGUUGUCCCUUCCUUAAGACAGUGGAAAAAUGACUCAACAUCCGAAACCCUGACUUGUAAUUUUAGAUCGGGGGACUACUCACUUCCUUGCAACUUCAAGGAAAUGUCAUUCGGAGAAAAUGUCCAAAGUUACCCAGUUUUAGAACGCCAUGAAACUUUCUACUAAAUGUAGUUAUUUUGACCUAUAAUCAAACACACACAGUUUAAUUCAUUCAGUUUUUUUAAAGGCUACAAUUAUUUCUUUCUUCCACAUUUCAGAUGAUACAUUAUAUUUAUUUUCUUCUUCUUUUUUAAAUGUAUAAUAUAAUAAUUAUUUAUACUUAGUGUAAGUAUGCUACUUUAUGAUUCAUUUUUAAUUCACUUUAACCAGCUUUGCUUGCGAUGGUGGAUUAGAAGACAAAGAGCGAGACGGCCGAGGGCCCUAAACCCUCAGGGGCCCCCGAAUGAAUGUGUGUCUGCAGCCUGUUGGUGUGUGGUAAUGUGAUUAAUUUCUAAUGGUUAACAGUUUGUGUUUCUAUAUUAUUUAUCUGUCUUAUCUACCAGUUUCCAAAUUAAUGUGUGCUUCACUAAAUGACCUCAGAGGGUUCAUGUUCUGCCCCCUAGUGGUUAAAUCCAGCCAUGACUACUUUAUGUGACGACACCCCUGCGGGUCUACACUGAUUACAUUGUUGUGUCAUUAAUAUUUCCCUUAUUGUGUUCAUUUUAAGUGAGGUAAAUAAGAAAUUAUUUUUCCAUUUGACCUCCUCUCAUUGCAACUGACAAUAACACACCUGUUGUUUAGGAACUACUGCUGAAAAAGUGGAUUUUUAACAGUUAGGAAAUGUAGCUUAUGCACCAUGAUUGUAUUAAAAUUACUUAAGGAUGAUUUAUGUAGAAGACUAUUCUGCUUUAUAUAUGUAGGUAUAUGGGUUAUAUAUAUAUAUAUAUAUAUAUAUAAGUGUGUGCUCCACAUAGAAGUUUAUGACUUGAGGCUUCGUGUGUGAGUGAGUUAUGACUAUUUAUCAUGCAUUAGUUGAAUAUAUUUAUGCUGUAAUACUGGUUGCAAUACAAUACAAUACAAAUAAACUUUAUUGAAACAAUUUA